GGUGGGGCAGACGCGGCCGCCUGGAUCCGUUCGGACGCGGCCACGUUGUCUUACGCGCCCAGCGCACCUGGCCCUGAGAACCUGGACACCGGCUCCCUCUUCCUGCCCCCCCGCCCCCCAGCUUUGUGGGGCGGUAGUAUUCCUACGCUCACUCAGCGGAGCACAACCGCUCAAGGAAAGGCCUGGCCGUCCCGAGACUCCAGCGUGCGGGCACGUCUGGAAUCUGGGCUCGAGAGGCGCCGCCCUCGGUCCGUCCAGCUAGCCUCUCCGCGCCGCCUAGGAGCAAAGAACCAGAGAGAGCACAGGAGAGUGGGGCUCCGCGCAGAGCUCGGCGCCCGGGCCCAUGCCCGUGCGCCCCCGCGGGCCCCCGCUAUGGCCUCCGGGAGCGUGGCCGAGUGCCUACAGCAAGAGACCACUUGCCCCGUGUGUCUGCAAUACUUCGUCGAGCCCAUGAUGCUCGAUUGUGGCCACAACAUCUGUUGCGCGUGCCUCGCCCGCUGCUGGGGCGCAGCGGAGACUAACGUGUCGUGCCCGCAGUGCCGAGAGACCUUCCCGCAGCGGCACAUGCGGCCCAACCGGCAUCUUGCCAACGUGACCCAGUUGGUGAAGCAGCUGCGCACCGAGCGACCGUCAGGGCCCGGCGGCGAGAUGGGCGUGUGUGAAAAGCAUCGCGAGCCCCUGAAGCUGUACUGCGAGGAGGACCAGAUGCCCAUUUGCGUGGUGUGCGACCGCUCCCGGGAGCAUCGCGGCCACAGCGUGCUACCGCUCGAGGAGGCGGUGGAGGGCUUCAAGGAACAAAUCCAAAACCAACUGGACCAUCUAAAAAGAGUAAAAGACUUAAAGAAGAGACGCCGGGCACAGGGGGAGCAGGCACGAGCUGAACUCUUGAGCCUAACCCAGAUGGAAAGGGAGAAGAUUGUUUGGGAGUUUGAGCAACUGUAUCAUUCCUUGAAGGAGCAUGAGUAUCGCCUUCUAGCCCGCCUUGAGGAACUAGACUUGGCCAUCUAUAACAGUAUCAAUGGUGCCAUCACCCAGUUCUCUUGCAACAUCUCCCACCUCAGCAGCCUGAUUGCCCAGCUAGAAGAGAAGCAGCAGCAGCCCACCAGGGAGCUCCUGCAGGACAUCGGGGACACAUUAAGCAGGGCUGAAAGAAUCAGGAUCCCUGAACCUUGGAUCACACCUCCAGAUCUGCAAGAGAAAAUCCACAUUUUUGCCCAAAAAUGUCUAUUCUUAACGGAGAGUCUGAAGCAAUUCACAGAAAAAAUGCAGUCAGAUAUGGAGAAAAUCCAAGAAUUGCGAGAGGCUCAGUUAUAUUCAGUGGACGUGACUCUGGAUCCAGAUACAGCUUACCCCAGCCUGAUCCUUUCUGAUAAUCUGCGGCAAGUGCGAUAUAGUUACCUCCAACAGGAUUUGCCUGACAACCCUGAGCGGUUCAAUCUUUUUCCCUGUGUCUUGGGCUCUCCAUGUUUCAUCGCUGGGAGACAUUAUUGGGAGGUAGAGGUGGGAGAUAAAGCCAAGUGGACCAUAGGUGUCUGUGAAGACUCUGUAUGCAGAAAAGGUGGAGUAACCUCAGCCCCCCAGAAUGGAUUCUGGGCAGUGUCAUUGUGGUAUGGGAAAGAAUACUGGGCACUUACAUCCCCAAUGACUGCCCUUCCCCUGCGGACCCCUCUCCAGCGGGUAGGGAUUUUCUUGGACUAUGAUGCUGGUGAGGUCUCCUUCUACAAUGUGACAGAGAGGUGUCACACCUUUACUUUCUCUCAUGCUACCUUCUGUGGGCCUGUCCGGCCCUACUUCAGUCUGAGUUACUCGGGAGGGAAGAGCGCAGCUCCUCUGAUCAUCUGCCCCAUGAGUGGGAUCGAUGGGUUUUCUGGCCAUGUUGGGAGUCAUGGUCAUUCCAUGGAGACAUCCCCUUGAAGAGGUGAACGCAGACUAAAAGGGCUGUUGGCUAUAAUUGUACCCCAGGCACAAGGCAUCUUGUUGCCUUGCCGAUUCCUGUCUGUCACAGCUGGGUACCAUUUUCCAUUCCCUUGCAGAGGCAGACAGGAUGUCCAUGUUCUUUACUAUCCUUUUCCUUCCCCUGCAAAUUGUGAGAUGUAACAAGAAGUAUCAGUAUUUCCCCAAAAAUAAAAACCAGAUGUCCUCCUCCAGUGUUUCACAUUUUUUGGUUUUACAUAGAAACCAGAUAAACAGCAAAUAAUAAUCUUUGGAUUUGGAGAGCCACUCAAGUUACUUACACCAUCUUGGCUUAGCCUGGCUUCCUCUUGCUCAGUCCACAUAAUAAUCAUGGGAAUUUUACUGCCAUUUCUUGACUAGGGAUCCUUUCUGAGAACCUAGAAUGGAACUGCAAGGCCCUGUUAGCAUGGCUUCCUUUAUUCCAAUUUUUUCUUGGAAAAGUACGUCUACCCUUGAUUUUCAGUCUGCCAGUUUUUUACUAACAAGGGUCUAUAUGUGUUUGGGUUAGUUACAGUUAUUUUACAAUAAUGGUGAAAAAUGGCCCCACUUCUACCAUGAGAGGAUAUUCUAAUCAGUGUUUCUGCCUCUAAAUCUUUUCUGGGGCUUUAUUUGUUCCCUUCAUACUAAUGACAGGUGUCUCCUAGUGCUGGGUGCACAUCAUUUCAGGUCACCAUCUACUAUUUCUAGAUCCUCUCCCAGGCACAUCUAUGGACUGGUGGUCAGUUAAACACUAUCUCUGGAAGAAUUCUAGUAUUCCAGAAAUUUGUUGCCUUUUUACCUCCUUUUCUCUAUCUCCUCUGGGAGAUGGGGAAAUUCACCUUCAUAAUGUGUGUAUCAUCAAGGGGCAACUCCAUCCCAAAUGGCCACUGGAUCUUGAGACAUUCUGGAAUCAGAAGGCUAAGGCGGGUUACUUUGAGCAAGCCCCAUGAUGGUUCUUGGUCUUACUUCUCUUUGGGAAUAUGCUCCUCUGUUUAAAAAAUAAAGUAAAUAUGGAUGUUUA